UCUCUCUCUCUCUCUGCUCCUCCUCCUCCUCUUAGUCUAGUGCAUAAACACAUCACAAAGCUCAGUAGCGGGAACUUCCAAAUCUCCAUAACUGCCAAAUGAGCUCCACUCACCAACAACGCCUCCGCAGUUGCACCACUUGGCUCUUCCUCUUCCUCCUCCUCCUCCUCUACUUCCUCUACUCUUCCAAUCUCCUCCUCUUCCAACCCAACUGCCCCCUCCCUUCAUCCACCGAUGACCACGACUACGACAAUAUCUCCAUCUCCACGCAACAAAAAACCCACACCACCAACUCUUCUUCCUCCAAACUACAACAACACUAUCCAUCAACAACAACAACACCCAUAAUCCCCCAAAAGUCCCUCCGAUAUGACACCCAGCUCAAACACAUCGUCUUCUGCAUCGCCGCCUCUUCCAAACACUGGGACCAAAGAAAACAAUACAUAAAGCAGUGGUGGAGACCUAGGCAGACCAGAGGAGUGGUCUGGUUAGAUCAGAGAGUCAGGACCAGGCGGCACGAAGCCUCCUCCUUGCCCGAGAUUCGGAUCUCCGGCACCACCGCCAGUUUCAAGUACACGAACCGCCAGGGUCAGAGAUCCGCCCUCAGAAUAUCGAGGGUGGUUUCGGAGACUCUCAGGCUAGGAAUGAAGGACGUGAGGUGGUUCGUGAUGGGAGAUGACGACACCAUUUUCAUGGUCGAUAAUUUGGUGAGGAUUUUGUCCAAGUACGAUCACAGACAGCUCUAUUACGUUGGCAGUUCGUCGGAGAGUCAUAUUCAGAAUAUAUUUUUCUCGUAUGCUAUGGCGUUUGGAGGCGGUGGGUUUGCGAUAAGUUAUCCGUUGGCCAAGGAGUUGGAGAAGAUGCAGGACCGGUGUAUUCAGCGGUACCCGGGUUUGUAUGGGAGCGAUGAUCGGAUUCAGGCUUGUAUGUCUGAGCUUGGAGUGCCACUUACCAAGGAACCCGGGUUUCAUCAGUAUGAUGUGUAUGGAAGCCUCUUAGGCCUUUUGGGAGCUCACCCUGUGGCUCCACUGGUGUCCCUCCACCACCUCGACGUAGUGGAUCCAAUUUUCCCUCGGAUGACAAGAGUCCAAUCCGUCCGGCACCUGUUUCAAUCCACCAAAAACGACUCGGCCAGCAUGAUGCAGCAAUCCAUCUGCUACGACAGGGAUCGGCAUUGGUCCAUUUCAGUUUCUUGGGGUUACGUGGUUCAAAUCAUAAGAGGAGUCAUGUCUCCCAGAGAGCUAGAGAUGCCUGCGAGAACCUUCCUAAACUGGCACCCUGGAGCCGAUUUCACUGCAUAUGCGUUCAACACAAGGCCUGUGACAAGCCACCCCUGCCAGAAGCCUUUCUUGUAUUUUGUGAGAGCAUCACAAUAUCAUCAAGGCAGGAGGCAGAUUAUUGGGGUUUACACUCUUGAUCGUCAAGACCCCCACCCUCUUUGUCGAUGGAGAAUGAACUCACCCGAAAAAAUUGACUCUGUCGUGGUCUUCAAAAGACCGGAUACCCAACGUUGGGAUAAGUCACCGAGGAAGGAUUGUUGUAGAGUUUUGCGAUCGAGUAAGAAAGCACAGAUGUAUAUAUGGGUGGGCAAUUGCAGAGAAGAUGAGGUUGUUGAAUUGUAGCAGCAAGAGAGGGAA